AAGAACACAAGCAAGACGUGAACAUGGAGAACAGAAUACACAAGCAAUUGAUAUCAAAAAAAAAGUGCCACAUGCUACGGACGGCUGCGGGCCCCUACCAGUUAUUAGAAGGCCUGUUUCAUGGAAUGAUAGGUCACUACAAUAUGUAUGUGGAUGGAUGGCUGCACCGCAAAGUCAGCGACAGUAACAUUUUAUUGUUAUCAGAGCCUGAAAUACAAAAGCCCCCGACACGGUUCAAGUUCACCCAGGACUUGACAAAGUGCGCGAGUAUAAUCUUUGACGGCGACCAAGCGAUCAAAUGGCGAGAACUACUAGAGCUCAAGCACGAGGAGCACCGUUCCGAAACGUUUCCUUACAUGUCUAUGCGAUUGCUGAGAGCGUGGGAUAGGGGUCAAGCCGUGCUUCACACAUUUGCGGAUGACUUGGAAUCUUUCUUCUGGG